GCAAACACCUUCUUCCUUCUGAGGGGAGAGUUGGUCCAUCAACCUUGGUAGUUCUGGUGGCAGAGAACGGAUUCUGGAAUUCUUCCUGCGGCUGAGCGCUGAGCUCUAGAAGAAGUCAACCUACACCAUGGAGAAAGGACCCUUCGCUCUUGGUGGGAAGUUGCCAUACUUAGCAGUUUUCAUCCUCAGCUCUAAUUUCCUGUCGACCCAAGCCCAGGUAACCAAAUACAACCUCCCCGUUUUCAUGAACCCCUCAAAUGCCAUAGAAGGGCAGGGAAUCAAUUUGACCAUCGGUUCUGCCUCGACUGCCUUCAUUAUUUGCAAUUGGUAUCGAGGGGCAGAUAGUCAAAAAAAUUUGAUCGUCACCGUCUACCUGCCUCCGUUAAGCGGAAACGUCUUCGGAUCUGCCUACACUGGGCGAGAAACUGCAGGCCCGAAUUGCUCUCUCCACAUUGAAAAUCUAAACCAGGAUGACUCUGGAACCUACACAGUGACCAAAGAUGGACCGUCUGUCCACGGAAAAGGAGAACUCAGCGUAGAGGUUCUAGCUCCGGGCUUACUGCCCAAGCCGAGUAUGUCCAUUGUCCAGCUUUUCCGAGAGAAUAUGGAUUCGGUUCAUCUCAAGUGUGACACAACUGUGAGGUUUGCAAAUAUCAGCUGGCUGCAGAAUGGGAAACCCCUCAACGCCUGCCGUCGGAUCCAGCUGUCCAAUAAUAACCAGACCCUCACCAUACAGCCCGUUCUCCGUCGUGAUGCUGGCGCGUAUCAGUGUCAUAUUUCCAACCCCUUGUCUGGUCAAAGGAGUGACACCACCACCAUUUCUGUGAUCUAUGGUCCAGACGCCCCUGUGAUCAAGAUGACUGCCAAGUUCCUCACCCAACCCUCCAACCGAAGACUUAACUGCAAAGCCAGCUCGUUUCCUGAAGCCGAGUAUCGUUGGUUCCACAACGGGAAGGAAUUCAGCAAGAACACUGAAGUUCUUCUCAAGAACAUUCAGUCAGGGACGUUUACUUGCCAGGCAACGAAUCCUUUCACUCAGCGGAAGGAAAACACCACUUUGGAGAUUGAUUUUACUUCCCUCAAACAUCUCAUUCCCUGGGCUGGUGUCUUCGGCUUCGUACUUAUGCGAGGAAACAUGAAGCACGAAGCACGAAGCACGAAGCAUGAAGCACGAAGCACGAAGCACGAAGCACAAAGCACAAAGCACAAAGCACAAAGACGAAGACACCAGCCUGAAGAUGAUGAGUGGGACUUCAACGAGUGGGACGAGUGGGAAGAUGACGAUUUCCACACAGCUCAAGCUGAAGAGCCAAUUCCUUUUGUGGUAGUUCCUCCAGAACCAAUGGAGAACGGAGAGGUCCUGUUGAUCCCACUACUUCUCCCAAAUGAUACUAUCUCCUGCACCUGGUUACGGAAGCUAUCAGGGGCCCAGGCGCAAAUAAUCGUGACGGUUGUACUGCUUCCACCAGGUAGUAAUACAACCGGACCAGGAUAUACUUGGAGAGAAACGGCCUACCCCAACUGCUCCCUUCGCAUCAAGCCCUUAGGACUGAAUGAUACUGCAACCUACACGCUUGUAGCAGGAGGAGCUACAUCUUCUAAUUCGGGAAAUGUAAGCUUAAAAGUCCAAGAGUAUGUGCCGGAGCCGGUUGUCACCAUCACUCCAACCCCUUUCCUGGUGGAGUCUCAGUCUGUUCAGCUACACUGCGAUACACCUAUCACUCAAAACGUUAGCUGGUUAAAGGACGGAAAACCUCUCCACCCUGGCUACAGUCUCACAGAUUCCAACCGGACCCUCUCCAUCGACUCGGUCACCCGGAAUGACACCGGGGACUACCAGUGCCGAGUCUCCAAUGGAAUCAUUGAAGUCACAAGUAAAGCUGAACACCUCAGUGUGAUCUAUGGUCCAGAGGUACCUGUCAUCCGUCCAAAUAACGCCUGCAAUGAAAGGCACAUAAACAUCAUACUCACCUGUCGGGCUGCUUCCUAUCCCGAGCCUCAGUAUACUUGGUUCCGUAAUGGUGUCCGGAUAGAUAGCGGGCCCAAAUUAUUCAUCGAAAACUUCAAUGAGAAUCAAACCGGGAUCUACGUCUGCGAAGCCAUGAAUGAGCUCCUUCAAAAACGGUUGAGAAGCGACGUUCAGCACAUUCGCUUGAAGGAAAGUUGCGUGAGUGAUGUAAACAUCAGCGGUUCAUCAGAAGGCAUAGAGGGUAGAAACAUCUCCUUGAACUGCACAGCCAAAGGUGAUGAAGUUCAGUAUUCUUGGAUGAAAGAAAACCAGCCCGUGAAUGAAGAUGAACGUAUCUCUUUUGCAAACAACAACCAGACCCUCAAUUUCCACCCAUGUCAUCGAACUGAUGCUGCUAAAUAUAAGUGCCACGCUCACAACAACUACUCUUCCGAUGAAAGCGAUUUCUUUGGCUUAAGUAUCGUAUAUGGACCUGAUGCUCCUUUUAUCAAUGAGACAGUUGACAUCAACCAGGAAAAAAUCAGCCUCACGUGCGUAGCUGUUGCCUUUCCCGCCACGGAGAAUAAAUGGUUUUUCAAUGGAGAGCCAGUUCUGGACAACCCCAAGGUGUUCGUUCUGGAGAUCUUCUCAAAGAAUUCUGGGAAUUAUACUUGUCAAGCAACGAAUCCCAGAUCUAACUUAACACUCGAGACCUCUCUGGAGAUUGACAUGAUAGAAAGACGAACAAGCUUAAGACGCCGUUGAGGGCAUUGUUUCUACUCUCUGAUUUCUGAUGCAGGCUGAAGCUUCGUCUGUUUUUACGUCAUUUUAAAUUUUGAGUUUUUUGAAAAUCUACGUUGAAACCACCUUGUAGAGUUCCUCACCCCUGCCUCUCCAUUAACAUUCCAACAACGGAUCGUAUCAAUACCCAGUUAUCAUUUGCCUUUCCGUAAUGAAAGAAUGUAUGCAGUCAUUCAGAUGGAUUGAGAAGUAGGAAAAUUUGCACUCAAUAAAUCAUUC